UCCUUUACUUCUUUCUCAUACGAUGUGAUAAACCAAUAGAAACUCGUAUGCGACGAAUAAACAAAGAUAAAGGAGCAAGCUUCCAGAUCUUUGACCCAUUUCUCUCUCUCUCUCGGCCUAAUAUCCACCAAAUGCGGAGGCUCAGUUCUCCAUUGUAGUGUACGCAUAGUUCUCUGUAGUUUAUCCUUCUGGCCAUCCUUCCUCUCUCUCUCUCUCUAAGGUCUACACCGGUAUCAAGCUCUCAGGAGAGCUCCCUUUUUCUCUUUGCAUAGUGUUUUUUUUUUUUUUAUUCACAGCCGGAGGAAAGCCGCUGGAGUGGUGAUCCUUGAAAUCAGAGGUGGAGAAGUAUGUUGGAAGCUUAUGCAAGAUAUAGCCCGAUGAUAAUGGAUGCUGAGUUACUGGGUGAAGAAUUACUGGUGUUAAAGCUGUAGUUGCAUCUGAUGGCCUCAAAAACUGGUGUCAGAGCUUCCACCAAACAGCAACAGAAAACAGCUGGUGUUCAAAUAGUAGAAACAAAUGAUCCGACACCUUUAGCUCUAGAGCUUUUGAAAGCAAGCAAAUCUGAUACAGUUGCACUUGAACAAGUACCGAAAUCUGUUCAAAACACAUUGAAGCAACUUAGGGGUGAAGGUGCGGAAAAUAAAGAGUCACCAAGUUCUAAUAAAAAGGGGUUGUCCAAUUCUUUCAUUAAUAAAUUUAAUUCGAGUACUUCCUUACUGGUUCUUGAGCAAGCAGCGACAGAAGUAGAUUCUGCUGUAAAUGAUACAAGAGGCCCACUGGAAGGUUCUGUCAGUCAAGAAAAGAAGGCAUCGGAGUAUGGUAGCUUGAAUAACAGUUCAGUUUCUGCAAAAGUUAGUGAUGGGAACAGCAGUCUUGCCAAGACCAGUGGCAGUGCCAAGAUUAGUGACCGCGUUGAUUUCGUUGAGAGUGGCAAGAGCAGUAUGUGUAGAGGAAGCACAAGCAGUGAUGUAAGCGAUGAAAGUACCUCUAGCAGUUUUAGCACCAGUAUCAGCAAGCCUCACAAAGCAAAUGAUAUUAGAUGGGAAGCCAUCCAAGCUAUUCGUGCAAGAGAUGGGGUUUUGGGUUUAGGCCAUUUUAGACUGCUGAAGAGGCUGGGUUGUGGGGACAUUGGCAGUGUGUAUCUGUCUGAGUUAAGUGGAACGAAAUGUUAUUUUGCAAUGAAGGUUAUGGAUAAAGGGUCUCUAGCAACUCGUAAAAAGCUACUUCGUGCUCAGACAGAAAGAGAGAUACUGCAAUCUCUGGACCAUCCCUUCCUUCCAACACUGUACACCCACUUUGAGACAGAUAAGUUCUCAUGCUUGGUAAUGGAGUUCUGUCCUGGUGGAGAUUUGCACACUCUUAGGCAGAGGCAGCCAGGGAAGCAUUUCCCCGAGCAGGCUGUCAAAUUUUAUGUAGCCGAGGUCCUGCUAGCUCUAGAAUACCUCCACAUGCUUGGUAUCGUCUACCGUGAUCUUAAGCCAGAAAAUGUCCUUGUGAGGGAUGAUGGACACAUAAUGCUUUCUGAUUUUGAUCUUUCACUCCGCUGUACUGUUAGUCCAACUCUUGUCAAAACCUCAUCUGUGGAGUCUGAUCCAUUACGAAGGAAUCCUGUGUACUGUGUCCAGCCGGCUUGCGUUGAGCCUUCCUGCAUCCAGCCAUCCUGUGUAGCCCCUACAACAUGCUUCUCACCUCGUCUCUUUUCAAGCAAGUCCAAGAAGGACCGGAAACCCAAAAAUGAUAUAGGAAACCAAGUCAGCCCAUUACCUGAGCUCAUGGCUGAGCCAACUGAUGCCCGGUCUAUGUCUUUUGUUGGGACACAUGAGUACCUGGCACCUGAGAUCAUUAAGGGUGAAGGUCAUGGAAGUGCUGUUGAUUGGUGGACUUUUGGAAUAUUUCUGUACGAGUUAUUGUUUGGUAAAACUCCUUUUAAGGGAUCAGGAAAUCGAGCUACCUUGUUCAAUGUUGUGGGUCAGCCUCUUCGUUUUCCUGAAUCUCCGGUUGUCAGUUUUGCUGCAAGGGAUCUCAUAAGGGGGUUGCUUGUAAAGGAACCACUGCAUAGAUUGGCCUAUAAACGAGGGGCAACUGAGAUCAAGCAGCAUACCUUCUUUGAAGGUGUAAAUUGGGCAUUGAUACGCUGUGCUACUCCGCCUGAAAUUCCGAAACCAGUUGAGAUUGAGAGAUUACCUGCUCCAAUGGCAUCAACAAGUGAAAAAGCUGCUGCUGCUAUGCCUGCUCCUGAGAAGAAAGGUUCAGAUAAUUAUCUUGAAUUUGAUUUCUUUUAGUGUCUACUGGUAUUGAUUGCUUGUAAUUUCUAUUAGAAAGGAAAUGUUUUGAACAUUUCAGGGACAAGUAGUGGUGGUUAUGAAGUUCUUUUGCUUAGAUAUAAGCAAAUUGUACGGUUUCUAUUGCAGCUGAAAGGUUUUAUUUUUUUGCA